AUGACGGUGGAGGGGAGCAUCCAGAUCCUCGGCGGUUCAGAGGCGGUCUCGCAGAACGAGACUGAGAGCUACAGGGUGUUGAACGAGGCAGAGAUUACAGUCGUCUUCGACAAGCUAGUCGACGCCGGCGUCAUCAAAUACGAUUACACCUACACCACUGAGAAUCGCAAGAUCGGAGGGCUCGACUUUGAAUUUCGCAUUUCAAAGGUCCUCAACAGCAAGCCAAACAACCCAAAAAGCCCUCCCAACACCAGAAAUGGAACAGUGGCUCUGAAGCAGAGGCCUGGUAGCGACAUCAACACCCAAGGCUCCGAAAUUACCCGACUUGGCGAGAACCAUUUCCUCGCCUUCAACGGCUUCGCAUGCUACCGUCCGCAUUUCCUGGUUCUGACACUUGACGGACACCGGCGCCAAUGGGAGCCAUUGAACAUGGACGACUUCAGGGCCGUCGAUGCCUUUCUCGGAGCGAAUGGCAAGGACAAUCUCGUCUUGUUCAACGGCGGCGCCGAGGCUGGGUGCAGCAGGUUGCACAAACACCUUCAGGCCAUCCCGAAGCAGUCUUUUGACGGAAACCCUUGGCGAAACUUGGAUUGCAACUCGGACGCGCUUCCCUUCGUCUACUUUGAACAGAAACUGAAGCUUAACUCGAGUCCCCAGGAGACUCUGGAGGUAUACAAGGCGGGCUUGGCUUUCGUCGAGCACACCCUUGGAUGUGAGACUGCAGAGCAGAAUAGAGCCCCUCCCCACAACGUCGUCAUGGACAGGGAGCGCAUGGUGGUCAUCCCUCGGCGCGCGGCUGGUAAUGGCUUGGUUGGAGCGAAUGCCGCGGGGAUGCUGGGCAUGAUUUGGACGCAGAGCGAGGAGACGAUGCAGCUAUGGCUCGACGCCGGUCCGCCUGUUGUCCUGGAGCAGAAUGGCAAGGACAAUCUCGUCUUGUUCAACGGCGGCGCCGAGGCUGGGUGCAGCAGGUUGCACAAACACCUUCAGGCCAUCCCGAAGCAGUCUUUUGACGGAAACCCUUGGCGAAACUUGGAUUGCAACUCGGACGCGCUUCCCUUCGUCUACUUUGAACAGAAACUGAAGCUUAACUCGAGUCCCCAGGAGACUCUGGAGGUAUACAAGGCGGGCUUGGCUUUCGUCGAGCACACCCUUGGAUGUGAGACUGCAGAGCAGAAUAGAGCCCCUCCCCACAACGUCGUCAUGGACAGGGAGCGCAUGGUGGUCAUCCCUCGGCGCGCGGCUGGUAAUGGCUUGGUUGGAGCGAAUGCCGCGGGGAUGCUGGGCAUGAUUUGGACGCAGAGCGAGGAGACGAUGCAGCUAUGGCUCGACGCCGGUCCGCCUGUUGUCCUGGAGCAGGUGGGGUUUCCGAGACUCUUUUAA